UUAGUGCAGCUUCCAAUUUGCUGGCCAUUAUAAAUCCAAAAUGGCUUCUGUCUGCCCCCAGACAAUUCCACGCUGGCAAUCAGUCCAAGUUGUUUUCUUAAACGGAAAAAAAUCGUGAGGACCGUUGGCCACCAGGCCACAGUCGGCGUGAAACGUCUGCCACCCGAUGAAUUUGGCGCCAGAAUUUCAAAGAUUUACGUUGCAGCGGAUUGUUGUGCGGAAUUCCAGCGUAAGGAAACGAAGAAGAAGAAAAACACAACGACCUUGGUGACCUCCGAAAGAAUGCUGGAAAGAGGCCGACCACGGCAUUCCAAAAGAAAACGAACGAACGAACGAACGAACGAACGAACGAACGAACGCAAGAAGAAAAUCUAGAGGGAGAGAAACAAAAAGAAAAUUCAAGGAAGACAAACUUUUUGAAAUAAAAAUACGACCGUGUUGGCUGGAACGUCCUUGCUCCAGGCUACGCAUUCUUGAACUUUUCUCUCUUUCUGCUGGGUUUUCGUCUCUUUCGACCGAAGCUUCGGGACCACAACAACCAGCCCACCAUAGUCCCGCAUGCCCAGCAAUCCACGACCGUCCUUCGCUCAUAAGAGGCAACGUGCAACGGUGGCCAGCCAUCAUUCGUUGGUAGACCAGCGUUCAGUCCACAUCCAGUUCCGACUCCCUACAAUUCCCUUUUCAAUUUCCACGUUGCCAGUCUCGUGCUACGAUUCUCUUUUCCUCGACGAUUCUCCCAACACUAAACCGGAAAAUGUCUCGCUGGUGUUGCUGCUGCUCUUUACUCGUUAUCGCCGCCUUGUUACUUGUGAAUCAACCACAACAAACUGAUGGUGCAGCUAUUCCUAUUUGGGAACUGCUCAAACACGAAGAAAAGAUGGGCCGUUUGUUCUACGUAUUUGUUCACCUGGUUGAACAAUAUUGCAAAACUUCAGACAUCCCCGAUUGCCCCAAGGUCUUGACGCUUUACGGUAUGUCGAAUUUGGUGAGCGAAAGCGAACAUUCGUUAGAUCUGAUGGAUCCUUACCAACGCGACGCCAAAACUAUCGUGUGGGAGAAGAUUAUGCGCGGUGAAUUCAAACUGCCAACCAAAUUGACUAGUGGGAAACCGAUGAAGACUCCAUCGAAAUCAUCUGCUGCCAUCAACAACAACGUCUACUCGUCGCCGUACGAGAUCCGUGUCCGUCCACCUGCCACCUUCAUCGCCCCACCUGUUGCUUCAUCAUCUCCCAGUGAUGAUAACCAACAGCCGGACCAAAAUAAACCAUCGUCUUCAUUAGAUCUUUCUGGCAACUCUGACGAAGACGAUACGUCAUCUAAGCUGACAAUUAUACGUUUUGGUCGCUCUUUAGCCACACCGUCGAAUAACGAUAAUUCACCUGUGCCUCUUCUCUCGGAAGAAGAAGCAGAAACCUUGAACCAGCUUUUCGCCUAAACUUGACAGGGUGUAUAUCUAAUACUUGUUAAUAAUUCUUAUUUGUUGCUUCGUGAGACUAUUUUUUUUUUUCGUGAAUUUGAAACUUCGUGUUACGUUACGUUUUUUCCCCAAAAGUAACGUAACAAUCGAUGUUGACAUUUCUAUCUAGUCAUUUUUCCUUUUUUGCGUUUUUGUGUCUUGUUUAUCUUUGUUAAUUAUAGAUAUUUGAAGUAAUUUGCAAAGGAUCGUGACUUACAUAACCUGUGUGUUUUUAUAUAGAAAUGUGUGUCCCAUCUUUAUGUCACAUCAACUGAAAUCCCAGAGGCUUUUUUCGUAAGUGUCUAUUAUUAUAUUCUAUUGUAUUUCUCCAAGAAACAAUUCCAUAUUGAAUGACAGCACUUGUUGUUCUCCACAUUCUGUUUGUUUCAUUCCAAACAAAGAGAAAUGUUUUGUUCCACCGGAUAGUUCUGUAAAUAAAAGACGAAAGACUUGUA